GAGACUAAUAUUUUCAUUCAUGUGCGUUUACUUGUUGAAAACUUUUUUUUCUUUAAUGGACUUUAAACAGCAAAAAAAUAUAGUGAGAAAUAAAUUUUCUUCAUUUUGUAGAUCUAUUGUUGGCAGUCUAUUACUUGCAUUGGACAUUAUUGGAAUUAAUUCAGUAAAAAUGAAUGUCUGGGGCUCAAUGUGUGAAUUGAAGGAGUUGUUGCGUUAACGCAUAUAUUAACAUGUCGUUUUUUCGAAUUGGUGGUAAUAUUUCGGGUUUUGGAAUUGAUCUGUGGAUGUUUAAGAAAUAGAAAAAACUUGAUAAAAUAACAUUCAUCACGAAUACAAACGAGCCAUUAAUCGACUGGAUCAUACAGCUGUGUGUUGUGUCAGUGGAAGUGAUAUAAUAACAUUCAGUGAAGCUUCAUCGCCUUCCAAAGACUUUGUACUUACGUGAGUUUUCGGAUUGUUAAAAGCUGAGUCGUUAUUUUCAAAAGUUUUUAUAAGUUUUCUUUUCGUUGGAUUAUUGUUAACUGUGAUAUUCAUGACUAAUCUAUAAUAAAUUUGAUGUUUUUGUUUUACACAACAAAAGGAAGAACGCAAGCGACGUCAAAAGGAACGACGUAUUCGACGCGAUCUUCGUUUGUCGUCAGAAAUGGACGCGGCGAAGACCACUGGCGGAGGUGGCAGACACAAGUUUCACCGAGCGUCCCAAGCGCCCUUUCCUGCGCUUUUAAAAGGGGCCUUGUCAAAGUCGUCAAGUUUUUGCGUGAACGCUCCAAGUCGUCCUAAGACUGACUUUUCCGCUACACUGCGAAAACACGAAAGCUUCAAUAUUGUUGAUGUUCACGCGAUCUCCGAUGUUUCUAAAUCGUUAAGAUUUUCCGACGACUUAAACAGAGGUGUAGCGGGAAAAUUUUCUGGCCACUCGACAGCAUUGUCGAGCUCUGAUUGGUCGCGGUAUUCGCUUUAUCCUGAUGUAGAAGCAGAUUUUCUCGACAACAAGCAAGGUAACGAUAUUGAACAGUCCCCUUGUCCGUUCGAAAGCAAGAAUGUAACGUCGGCACAUAAUGUGGAUACCGAUCCAGUGACUCGGUCUGUUAUAAAAUACAACGACAAUAAAGCUCCCACAAAACCGGUAAGAAAGAACUUGCACACAAACACCGUAGUUCUGGGUCUGCAUGAUCCAAUAUCGAAACUUGAAGACAACAAAGUCACGGGAGCCAAUGAUGGAUCUGAUAAUAAAUAUGCAUCACACGAAAUCAUUAAAUCCAAAAUGAAAAGCGACUUCGAACAAGAUAGGCAGCAUGAAUGGACAAGAAAAACUGAAAACGAUCCUGAAGUUCAAGAAUCGAAAGCUUGGAGGAGUCACAUCACAGGUGUUGCAGUUGUGACUGUACCGCACAGUCCGCGCCUACGUCAUGCUAGGGUUCCGGGUGAUGAUGACGUAAGAGACACCACGAAACGAAAGCAUGACCAACACGUCAAGGUGAAAUUGCAGUCAUUCGAUGUUCUUCCAAAUUUCAAGAAAAACAUCAGGAAGAAGAGAGCAGCUGGUAAUGUUACUGGACGCAAUGACGAUGUUUUAUCGGACACCUCUAGUGUAAAUACUCUCGACCUGGACGAUACUCUUUCCGCUAGUUCCGAAUCUUUGGCUUCGAGUCCACUUGGACAUAAACGAACUCAGGAAGACGUACAUAAUGAUCGCAAGAAUGAAUUAAGGGGACUCAAUGAGUCGAAGAAAUACAAAAGUGACUCUAUGAUUGCUCAAAUGGAUAAACGCGCAAAAUCGUUAGAUGAACAACCUUACGAAAGCGUAAAUGGCACAUCCGAAAAUAAAUCAAAUAUCCAACAAAAAGCAUACACGAAUCAACACGAGCAUUUUCCAGUAGAAAGUAAUGCUGGUUCCAAAAUUGGGCAUGCUGAAGCACCAAUAAAACCGUUUCAAAUGAGGCGCCAGUCGAGCCAGCCCUGUCUCGCGACACCGAGCCUGGACGAUAUUUUACGAGAUCCGCUGGCUACAACUGGAGUGCAUGCUCAUAAAAUCAACCAAACACGUUCUGGGAAUGACUCUGGGGAAAUGCGAUUCCAGAGAUCUCUUGACUCAAGCAUUUAUGCAAAGUCACGAGCAACGGGAUUUAAUCUGGAUGCAAAUGUGCAGAAAGGGAGUUGUGGCGAAGCACUCUUACCGUUUGUCAGCGGGCCCUUGACCGAUGGGGACAUUCAGGCGACAGAUUCCGAGGAUGACCUCAUAUCAAGUGCGUCCGAGGCAGAUGAGAUCUUACGAAGACGGAAACUAAACACAUACUUUCUAGUCUUGAGAAGGCGUGCAAGUAUGGCCCUCAAGGGAGAUAAGUUGAACAUGACGAACGGCGAGACUCGGGCGAGAGUGGUCGGGUCCUUUUUCAACGUGUAUCGAUGUCGGACAUAGCCAUUCCCGAUCAC